AUGCAGGGGGUAUUCCGCUACGCCGCCGAGCACAAUCUCGGCUGGUCCUACACGAUCGCGCCGGAAUCGCUGACACUCUCGGUCCUCGACCUCGUGGAUUGGCCAGGUGACGGCGUCUUGGCGGCUCUUAACACGGCCGAGGAGGCCGAGCACGCCGCGGCAAUGUCGAUUCCUGUGGUGAACAUCUCCAGCACGCUGGCGGAAUCCCCUUCGCCACGUUCGAUGGUCGACAACGUCGCGGUCGGGCGGAUCGCGGCUGAGCACCUGUUGACGCGAGGCCUGCAGCAGUUCGCUUUCUACGGGCUCCGCGAUGUGGAGUACUCGAAAAGGCGUUGGAUGGGCUUCCACCAGCGGCUGGCCCAGAACGGCUUCGAGCCACAGAAGCACCUGGCGACGCCCACCUUCGGCUUUAUAGGCAAAGUCUGGAUCAAGCAGCAUGAGGAAUUGAUCGCCUGGCUCGAGUCGCUUGAGAAGCCCGUGGGGGUGUUCGCCGUUUCCGACUACCGAGCGCGGCACGUGCUGGACGCGUGCGAGCAGGCCGGCAUCCCCUCGCCGCAGCAGGUGGCGGUGCUCGGCGUUGAUAACGAACAAGUGAUUUGCGACCACGUCGUGCCCCGGCUCAGCAGCGUGGCCCGAAACGACACGCUCGAGGGCUACCGGGCCGCCGAGCUGUUGCACCGCUGCCUACGGGGCGAAGCCCCCGCCGACGCCGACGAACCCGUGCCGCCGCUUGAGGUCGUUUCCCGCGAGUCGACGGCGGCGUUUGCCGUCGCCGACACGCGACUGCGUCAGGCCCUGGAAUACCUGCUCGACAACGUCACCGACCCGAUCACGGUCGAAGAACUGGCGGAGCACGUCGAUGUGUCGCGCCGCUGGCUGGAGUACGCGUUCCGCGACGCAUUGGGAGAGACGCCGUACCAGUAUCUGCAACGACAGCGGCUGCUGCUGGCGAAGCGGCUGCUCACCGAAGAGCCCGACGCGAAGGUCUAUCGCAUCGCCCAGCGAACCGGGUUCUCGUCCGUUAAGCAGCUGUCCGCGGCCUUCCAGCGGGCGUUCGGGGUGACACCAGGGCGGUUGAAAUCGCGCAGCCCUGCGGCGCUGUGGUCGACCGCGGCGUCCAGUUCGAUAAGACUAAAGGUUGGCACGCGUCUGCCGGAACAGGCGUGCUCGCUGUCGGCGUCGCCGCGGCCCCUUAUCGUUCAUCUAUUCCGCGAUCGUAUGGCUAGUUGCACAUUGGCGAGUCGAAUGAAACGGCUCGCUGGUCUUACACUGCUGAUGGCGCUCCCUGCUGUUUCGUUGGGACAAGCGCUGCCGGCGUUCCCGGGGGCCGACGGUGCGGCAGCGAACGUCAGCGGUGGUCGGGGCGGGCUGGUCUACCACGUCACCUUACUCGACCAGAACUACAGCGAUAAUCGGCCGGGGACGCUCCGCUACGGCCUGAACGACUCCAACUUCGGUAGCCAGCCGCGGACAAUCGUCUUCGAUGUCGCCGGGACGUUCUGGUUAGGGCGUUUCGGCGCCGACCAGGGCCACGACAACGGUUGGGACACGCAGUCACGCAUCGGUCUUGGAAGCAAUGUCACGAUCGCCGGCCAGACCGCGCCGGGUCCGGUGUACAUCAUGGGGGGCGUCGUCAAAGCGGGCGGCAACAACACGAUUCUCCGCAAUGUCACCAUCGCGCCGGGCUACGGCAUGCGGAACUUCUCGAAGCCCGAUGAAGGAAUCGGACCCACGCCGGGCGACUUCCCCGACUCGUACGUCUACGAUGCGAUCGACAUCAGCGGCACGGAUCAGAUGAUCGACCACGUCACGACCGUCUACGCGACCGACGAGACGAUCUCCGCCAACGAGCUGGCGAACAACGUCACGAUCCAGUAUUCGACGAUGGCGCAGGCGCAAAACUAUCCGCAAGCCGACGCCGAAGGGGGCGGCAGCUUCACUGGCCACGGCCUUGGCAUGCUGCUGCAAGCCGGUAGCAAUGCAAAGAUCACGGUCGCCAACAACCUGCUCGCCCACAUGAAGGCCCGGCUGCCGCGGGUCGGCAGCGAAGUGGGGUCGGGGCCGUUCAACGACUUCCGCAACAACGUCUUCUACAACUGGCUCGGCAGCACCACGCAGGCCGGCGGCGGGCAGCGCAGCUUCAACAACUUCAUCGGCAACUUCUACCUCGCCGGCCCCGGCGGUGAAGACCCAAUAGGCGGGUCGAAUCCGGGCGUCACCAACCGCGCGGGCGGCACCGGCGUUGGUGGUGGCAACAGCACCAAUCAGGUCUAUCAGAACGGCAAUCUCCGCGACAUCAACAAAGAUGGCGACGCCCUCGAUGCGUCCGCCGCGACCCUCAGCUCGGCAAACGUUACUCAAGCGUAUGACGUCAACAUCGGUGUCACGACAUCCGCAACGACCGCCUACAGCAACGUGCUCGACCACGUCGGCGCCAACUGGUGGAAUCGCAGUCCCGUCGACACACGGCUGAUCAAUGAGGUCCGAACCAGCACGGGCAAGAUCAAAGCCUGGGCGGACGACCCGUUCGAUCCCGAUCCGACCGAAGGGACCGAGUGGCGCGAGAUGCUCUCGUAUCGCGCUGACACGGGGACCGGCGCGGCGCCGUUCACGCGCGACACCAACUGGGAUCAAGAGGCCGGUGGCGGCGACGGCAUGCCGACUUGGUGGGAGCUUGAACACGGCCUCGACCCACUGGCAAGCGACAACAACGGCGACUUCGACAACGACGGCUACACGAACCUCGAAGAGUAUCUCAACGAUGUCGCCGCCUGGCCCGCACCGGCGCCGAUCCAGUUCACAGGCGGAGUGAACAGCCGCUACGCGCAGAUACAGAACUGGACGGUGUCGGGCGUCUCCUUGCCGAUCCAAGGAAAAGGGACCGUUACCACAAGUUCUAAUUGGCAGCCCUCGCACUACGACGUAGUCCAGAUCAGUGGCCUGGCGGUCGUCGAUUCCGUCGGCCAGAACGCCUGCGACAUCACGGUCGGCGCGGCGGCGGCGGGGUCGCUGAGCGUGACGGACGGCUGGUUAAAGGUCGCCGAGAUGACGACGAUCGGCCCGGCGGGCUCGCUUUCCGUCAGCGGUGGGGCGCUGCACACUCCGGGACUAUCGAAGGACGCCAAUGGCUCAUUCUCACUGACCGGUGGAGAACUGCAUGUCGAUGCGGCGGAUUUCGACCUCGUCGUCGAUGGCGGCACGCUGGCGCCCGGGGCGACCACGGGGGUUCUGCUCAUUGCCGGCGGCCUCACUGUCAACGACGGCGCUAUCCUCAUCGAUAUCACGCCUCUCGACGGAGCAACGAGUAUCCUCGCCCAACACUCGGUAACACUCGGCGGAGGCCUUGUCGUCGACCUCAAUGGCUUCACGCCGACGCCGUCCGACACCUACACGAUCAUCGAAGCGGCCGCGGUGUCAGGGGCCUUCGACAAUGCGAUCGGUGACCGGAUACCGGUUUCCGGGGGGAGCUUCUUGCUAACGAUCGACGCCAACUCUGCAACGCUGAGCGAUUACCUCGCCUCGCUGCCGGGAGACUUCAACUACGACGGCUCGGUUGACGCCGCCGACUACACCGUCUGGCGUGACGGAUUGGGGACCAUGUUUACCGCGGCGGACUACUCGAUUUGGGCCGCUGCCUCAACCCUCUUCGCCGGCGUUGUGAUCGGGGCGUUUCUCGCCACGCUGGGGUACGCGUUCAUUGAACGGUCGCAGAACUCCGCCGGCGGUUCGAGUGGCGGUCCGCUGGUGCUGACGCUCGGCCACGGGCUCGACCAGACGCACCCGGUCCACCGGGCGAUCGUCGAGUUUGCCGAUCGCCUGAAAGAGAAGUCGGGCGGCACGAUGACGGUGCAGAUCUCGCCCAACGGCCAGCUCGGAUCGGAAGUCGAGUGCAUCGAACUGCUGCAACGCGGCGCGCUCGCGAUGACCAAGACCUCGACGGCGCCGCUCGAAGCGUUUAUCCCUUCGAUGUCGGUUUUCGGGGUGCCCUACGUGUUUCGGGAUGAAACGCAGUUUUGGAAGACACUCGACGGGCCGAUCGGCGAGGAACUGCUGCAAGCCGGCAGAGACAGCGGACUGCAUGGCCUCUGCUGGUACGACGCCGGCGCGCGGAGCUUCUACACCAAAUCAACAGCGAUCCAUUCGCCCGACGACCUCAAGGGACUCAAGCUCCGCGUCCAAGACAGCCGCACGGCGCUUGAGAUGGUGACGGCGCUUGGCGGCUCGCCGACGCCGAUGAACUUCGGCGAGCUCUACACGGGCCUUCAGCAGGGGCUCGUCGAUGGCGCCGAGAACAACCCACCAAGCUUCGAGACCAGCCGGCACUUCGAGGUCUGCAAAGAGUACUCGCUCAACGAGCAUUCGCUCGUGCCUGACGUAUUGCUGAUCAGCACCCGUUGGUGGGAUCGGCUCUCCCCCGAGCAGCAAGCUUGGGUCGAACAGGCGGCCGAAGAGUCGUCUGUCUUCCAACGUCAGCUGUGGCGCGAGAAGACCGCCGAAUCGCUAAAGAUCGUCGAAGAGGCUGGGGUCAACGUCACGCGUCCCGACAAGGGGCCGUUCAUCGAGCGGGUCCAGCCGAUGCACGACGCGCUGAAGGGGACGGUCGUGGGCAAUUUGAUGGAACGGAUCAAAGCCGAGGAGUAG